AUGAUAAUAUAUAAUACAAGUGCUCCACAGGAAAAUGUUAUUAACAAUAGAACAACGGCUGAAAUAACAACAACAACAAAGCAAAAUCAAAAAGGAGUAUCAUCUUUAUCAUCUUCUUCAUUAACCAAAAAGAUAUAUAAUAACUCCAAAAAUUUAUCUAAUUUGAAUGUACUGCCUAGCGAAAGUUAUUUACAUAUUGAAGGAUCGCUAACAAAAUCUACAGGUGAAAAAAGCGAUAAAAUAAAAUUUGUAAACAAUGGUGUCUGUCAUCUUUUUGAAGAAAUUCGUUACCUUUUGAAUGGAAUUGAAAUCGAUUCAACUAAAAAACUGGGGCAUACUGCUACAUUGAAAAAUUAUAUUUCAUUAUCUAACAACAAGAAUGAUAUGCUAAAAAAUGCUGGGUGGUCACCCUCAGAAACUUUCAUAACACCAACAGGCUUCUUCGAUUUUUGUAUACCACUUAAAUUUUUACUUGGUUUUGCAGAAGAUUAUAAGAAAAUUCUUGUUAAUUGCAAGCAUGAAUUGGUUUUAGUUCGUUCGAGAACAGAUGAAAAUGUUUAUCUUGUUACUGACGAAACUGAAAAACCAUUAAUAAACAUAUUCAAAAUAACAUGGAUUGUACCUCACAUCAUCACAUCCGAUGAAAAUAAAUUACCAUUAUUAAAGAUUGUUGAUAAUGCCAGACCCUUAUCAAUAAGUUUUCGUAGUUGGGAAAUAUAUGAGUAUCCAAAAUUAGCAGAAACUACACAUCAUAUAUGGUCUGUGAAAACAUCAUCUCAGUUAGAAAAACCACGUUAUAUAGUUUUUGUUCAUUUAAAUGCAGAAACAUAUCCAUAUGAAAAUUUAAAUAUAUCAUUUGAUAAAGAUAAAUAUUCUAUUCUUUAUCAUAUGUAUGCUAAUUUUCAAACAUCAUAUUACCAAGCUAUUGAAAAUAGUCCAGUUAUAUCACGUGAUCAUUUUAAAAGCAAAAUAGGUCCGAUUGUAGUUGUAGAUUGUACACAUCAAAAUGAAUCACUUAAAUCGGGAGCGGUUGAUGUACGAUUGGAAUUCAAAACAUCUAUAAAUGUUCCAGCUUCUACCUCAGCAUACUGUUUACUUAUUCAUGAUAGAGUAGUACAAUACAACCCAUUGACCAGUGAAGUUCGAAAAAUUAAUUAA